AUGAGCAGUAAAUCAAACCAAGGACGAGAAAAAGCAGCGGCAUCAACCACGGGCUACUUAACUCUACAAUCUGGUGUGUAUGGAUCUGCGACCUUGUCAAGCCCCACAAAAUCAGCACACAAAACAGUGUCUGCUGGGCGCAAACAAACAAUAGAAACAGUCACAACCAAAUCCACAAACAGCUCGGCAAACACGUCCGUGACCACCGAAGGCUCUCAGACUACAGUCUUGGGAGAGGGACUAACCACUGAAGUAGGAAGCACAAGUUCAAGACCCGUGCCAGUGACAAUUGGAAAUUCCCAAAGUAUAGCCCCAGAUGAAGGAUCAACACCUAAACAAAGCACCAAAAGAUCAAUAUCAACGACAAGGGAAAUUUCUCAAAACACAGUCCUGACAACCCAUACAGCUCCAAACCCUGGAAUUUCCGAGUCAAUAGUCCUCAUCACAGAAAAUGAAAUCUUCCAAGAAAGCUCAGUUUCGACAGACACAGCAGGACCUUCCAAAACCUCCCACACCACAGAGCAGAUUCAGGAAUCAACAACACCCCCAAGCAACCCAAGUUCAAAACAUGCAACUCAGGUUGCUGAGUCCUGGCAAACAACAGUCUCCACUAGGGUGUUUAGAACCUUCCCAAGCAGCCCAGUUUCCACAGAAGCUGCAGUCCUUCCUGACACCUCGCCGAUGAAAGGACAGACUGAAACAGUCACUACCCCCCAAAGCAGCUUGAUUUCAACACAAGCAACUCAAGGAACUGAGACAACCGCCAAAACAGCCUUCACUUGGGAAUCGACAACUUUCCAGAGUGCCUCAACUUCAACAGAAACUGCUGUACCUCCUGAAACGUCCGGCACCCCAGCUCUGACUGAGGCAUCUACAACCUCCCCAAGUAGCCUUAGAUGGACACAAGCAAAUCAAGGAACUGAGACUUCCCCAGGAAUCUUCACUCAGGAAACAACAAUCUUCACAACCCCGUCAAUUCCCUCAUUAACAGCUGGACCUGCUGAGAUCACCCAGACCACACACCAAUUUGAGCAAUCUACAACAUCCCCAAGCACCCCAAUUUCAACAAAUGCAACUCAGUCCAUUGAGACCUCUAAACUAGUCUUCACCCACCAAUCUACAACCAGCACAAGUGACUUAAUUUUUACAGAAACAUCUGUAAUGCCUGAGACCUCCAAUAGCACAAACCCAGCAGAGGAAUCUACAAGUUCGUUAAGCAGCUUAAUUUCCCUGGAAACAGAUGUAUCUGCUGGAACCUCCCAAACCACAUUAAUAGGUAAAGAACCAACAACUUCCCAAAGAACACAAAUUUCUGAGCGGGCAACUAAACCUAAUAAUAUCUCUGAAACAACAGUCUACCUGGAGGAGCCUACAACCAUGAAAACAGAGUCAGUUUCUACAGAAACUGCUGUAGCUUUCAAUGUUACUCACAUCUUUGCCCCGACUGAGCCAAGUAACCCAUCCAUAAAAAGCCCACUUACAACUCAUUCAACUCUACCAAGUGAAACUUACAAAACACCCUUCCAUAGGAAGACUAUAAGCUUAUCAACCAUUUCAAUUACCACAGAAACAAAUCAAAAUAUAGAGAGCAACUACACUUCAGCUCUGAGAGAAGAAACGACCACGUUCCCAAGUGGCCCGCUGUCGACUCAAGCCACGCAAGCAGCUGACACAGCCCGAACAACAGUCUCCAGCCACGGAUCUGCAGCUUCCCAGAGCCACUCCAUUUCAACACAGACUGCUUCUGUCCCCGCUGAGAGCCCCCUCACCAGAGUGCAACCUGAGGCAUGUACAGCCUCCACAAGCAGCUCCAUUUCAACGCAUGGCUCUCAAGCCACAGGGUCAUUCCCAGGGACUGUCUUCACUCUGGAACCUACAACCGUCUCUGGCAGCCCGACGUCGCCAGAAAGCACGCUACCAGCUGACACUGCCCACACCACAGUCCCAUCUGAAGCCUCUACAGCCUCCCAAGGCAGCCCAGUUUCGUCAGAAGCAACUCACGCGCCUCAAACCUCCCAGACAAGGGUCUUCCCUCAGCAAUCUACAGUCUUCCCAGCCACAGCCAGCACAACAGCCGCAGAAACAGCUGGGACUCCUGAGGCCUCCUCCACCUCAGCUGUCACUGAGGAGUCUACAGCCUCCCCACGUGGCCCAGUGUCGACACAAACAACUCGGGCACCUGAGACGACGUCACCAAGACUUUUCACUCAGGCAUCUACAGUCUUCUCAGCCGCCUCAAGGUCACCAGAGACCUCUGUAGCUUCUGAGAUCUCCUACGCCUCAGCUGUGAGUGAGGCAUCUCCAAGAUCCUCCAGGACCCCGAUGACAACACGGGCCACCCAGCCCAGCCAAGGCCCCGAAACCGGGUUCUCUCAGAAGUCUACAACCUUGUCGGGCAGCUCCGCGUCCCCAGAAACUGCUGUGCCUCCCGAUGUCACCCACACAGCAGCGCCGACUGAGGCGUCUACCACGUCCCUGAGCAGCGCCAUAUUGACACCAACAGCUCCGGCUCCAGAGAACUCUGAAACAACACUUCACACUCAGGAACCCACCACAUCCCUAAGCCGCCCCGUGUCCACGGGAACAGCUGGACCUCCUGGGACCUCCUCCACCGCAGCUGUGAGGGAGCCAUCUACAACACACACCAGGAGCCCGGUUCCAACACAUGCAACUCAACCAGCUGAGUCCCGGGAGACGCUGUUCACUCAGGAAUCAACAACCUCCCCAACCGGCUCCAUUUCCACAGGGACGGUGGUCCCUCCUGAGACCCCGCAUACUUCACGGUUAAGGGAGGCAUCGACCACACCCCCACGGACCCCAGCAUCAGCCCCUGCCACUCAGUCAGCUCAAACAUGGAAAGCAGGGUCCACCCAGGAACCAACAACUUCCCCAAGAAACUCAGCUUCCACAGAAACUUCGCUACCUCCUGAGAGCUCCCACACAACAGGGCAAACUGGGGUAUCUACAACCUCCGCAAGCAGCUCAGUUUCAACACGUGCAACCCAACCAAGGGAAACCUCCCAAACAGAGUUCACGCAGGAAUCUACGACCUCCACGCACAGCUCAGUUUCCCCAGAAACCGCCGUCCCCCCUGACACCUCCGGCUCCACAGCUCCGCCUGAGGUACCUACAACCGCCCCAAGAAGCACAGUCUCCACAGGUUCACCUCAACCCUCUGGUACCUCGCCGGCAACCGCCUCCACUCAGGAAUCUCCCAUCUCUCCAAGCAGCUCAGUUUCCCCAGCAACUGCCCUGCCUGCCGGGACACCCUUCACUUCAGUCCUGAGUGAAGCGUCAACCACCUCCCGAGGCCAGCACACUUCAACAGGUGGAGCUCAGACCUCCGAGCCGUCCAAAACAACAGUCUUCAAUCAGGAAUCUACAACCUUCCCAACAAACUCCAUUUCCACGGUACCAACUCGAUCUCCCGAGACCUCCUACACUACAUCCCUGAGAGAAGAAUCGACCACGUUCCCAAGUGGCCCGCUGUCGACUCAAGGCACGCAAGCAGCUGACACAGCCCGAACAACAGUCUCCAGCCACGGAUCUGCAGCUUCCCAGAGCCACUCCAUUUCAACACAGACUGCUUCUGUCCCCGCUGAGAGCCCCCUCACCAGAGUGCAACCUGAGGCACGUACAGCCUCCACAAGCAGCUCCAUUUCAACGCAUGGCUCUCAAGCCACAGGGUCAUUCCCAGGGACUGUCUUCACUCUGGAACCUACAACCGUCUCUGGCAGCCCGACGUCGCCAGAAAGCACGCUACCAGCUGACACUGCCCACACCACAGUCCCAUCUGAAGCCUCUACAGCCUCCCAAGGCAGCCCAGUUUCGUCAGAAGCAACUCACGCGCCUCAAACCUCCCAGACAAGGGUCUUCCCUCAGCAAUCUACAGUCUUCCCAGCCACAGCCAGCACAACAGCCGCAGAAACAGCUGGGACUCCUGAGGCCUCCUCCACCUCAGCUGUCACUGAGGAGUCUACAGCCUCCCCACGUGGCCCAGUGUCGACACAAACAACUCGGGCACCUGAGACGACGUCACCAAGACUUUUCACUCAGGCAUCUACAGUCUUCUCAGCCGCCUCAAGGUCACCAGAGACCUCUGUAGCUUCUGAGAUCUCCUACGCCUCAGCUGUGAGUGAGGCAUCUCCAAGAUCCUCCAGGACCCCGAUGACAACACGGGCCACCCAGCCCAGCCAAGGCCCCGAAACCGGGUUCUCUCAGAAGUCUACAACCUUGUCGGGCAGCUCCGCGUCCCCAGAAACUGCUGUGCCUCCCGAUGUCACCCACACAGCAGCGCCGACUGAGGCGUCUACCACGUCCCUGAGCAGCGCCAUAUUGACACCAACAGCUCCGGCUCCAGAGAACUCUGAAACAACACUUCACACUCAGGAACCCACCACAUCCCUAAGCCGCCCCGUGUCCACGGGAACAGCUGGACCUCCUGGGACCUCCUCCACCGCAGCUGUGAGGGAGCCAUCUACAACACACACCAGGAGCCCGGUUCCAACACAUGCAACUCAACCAGCUGAGUCCCGGGAGACGCUGUUCACUCAGGAAUCAACAACCUCCCCAACCGGCUCCAUUUCCACAGGGACGGUGGUCCCUCCUGAGACCCCGCAUACUUCACGGUUAAGGGAGGCAUCGACCACACCCCCACGGACCCCAGCAUCAGCCCCUGCCACUCAGUCAGCUCAAACAUGGAAAGCAGGGUCCACCCAGGAACCAACAACUUCCCCAAGAAACUCAGCUUCCACAGAAACUUCGCUACCUCCUGAGAGCUCCCACACAACAGGGCAAACUGGGGUAUCUACAACCUCCGCAAGCAGCUCAGUUUCAACACGUGCAACCCAACCAAGGGAAACCUCCCAAACAGAGUUCACGCAGGAAUCUACGACCUCCACGCACAGCUCAGUUUCCCCAGAAACCGCCGUCCCCCCUGACACCUCCGGCUCCACAGCUCCGCCUGAGGUACCUACAACCGCCCCAAGAAGCACAGUCUCCACAGGUUCACCUCAACCCUCUGGUACCUCGCCGGCAACCGCCUCCACUCAGGAAUCUCCCAUCUCUCCAAGCAGCUCAGUUUCCCCAGCAACUGCCCUGCCUGCCGGGACACCCUUCACUUCAGUCCUGAGUGAAGCGUCAACCACCUCCCGAGGCCAGCACACUUCAACAGGUGGAGCUCAGACCUCCGAGCCGUCCAAAACAACAGUCUUCAAUCAGGAAUCUACAACCUUCCCAACAAACUCCAUUUCCACGGUACCAACUCGAUCUCCCGAGACCUCCUACACUACAUCCCUGAGAGAAGAAUCGACCACGUUCCCAAGUGGCCCGCUGUCGACUCAAGGCACGCAAGCAGCUGACACAGCCCGAACAACAGUCUCCAGCCACGGAUCUGCAGCUUCCCAGAGCCACUCCAUUUCAACACAGACUGCUUCUGUCCCCGCUGAGAGCCCCCUCACCAGAGUGCAACCUGAGGCACGUACAGCCUCCACAAGCAGCUCCAUUUCAACGCAUGGCUCUCAAGCCACAGGGUCAUUCCCAGGGACUGUCUUCACUCUGGAACCUACAACCGUCUCUGGCAGCCCGACGUCGCCAGAAAGCACGCUACCAGCUGACACUGCCCACACCACAGUCCCAUCUGAAGCCUCUACAGCCUCCCAAGGCAGCCCAGUUUCGUCAGAAGCAACUCACGCGCCUCAAACCUCCCAGACAAGGGUCUUCCCUCAGCAAUCUACAGUCUUCCCAGCCACAGCCAGCACAACAGCCGCAGAAACAGCUGGGACUCCUGAGGCCUCCUCCACCUCAGCUGUCACUGAGGAGUCUACAGCCUCCCCACGUGGCCCAGUGUCGACACAAACAACUCGGGCACCUGAGACGACGUCACCAAGACUUUUCACUCAGGCAUCUACAGUCUUCUCAGCCGCCUCAAGGUCACCAGAGACCUCUGUAGCUUCUGAGAUCUCCUACGCCUCAGCUGUGAGUGAGGCAUCUCCAAGAUCCUCCAGGACCCCGAUGACAACACGGGCCACCCAGCCCAGCCAAGGCCCCGAAACCGGGUUCUCUCAGAAGUCUACAACCUUGUCGGGCAGCUCCGCGUCCCCAGAAACUGCUGUGCCUCCCGAUGUCACCCACACAGCAGCGCCGACUGAGGCGUCUACCACGUCCCUGAGCAGCGCCAUAUUGACACCAACAGCUCCGGCUCCAGAGAACUCUGAAACAACACUUCACACUCAGGAACCCACCACAUCCCUAAGCCGCCCCGUGUCCACGGGAACAGCUGGACCUCCUGGGACCUCCUCCACCGCAGCUGUGAGGGAGCCAUCUACAACACACACCAGGAGCCCGGUUCCAACACAUGCAACUCAACCAGCUGAGUCCCGGGAGACGCUGUUCACUCAGGAAUCAACAACCUCCCCAACCGGCUCCAUUUCCACAGGGACGGUGGUCCCUCCUGAGACCCCGCAUACUUCACGGCUAAGGGAGGCAUCGACCACACCCCCACGGACCCCAGCAUCAGCCCCUGCCACUCAGUCAGCUCAAACAUGGAAAGCAGGGUCCACCCAGGAACCAACAACUUCCCCAAGAAACUCAGCUUCCACAGAAACUUCGCUACCUCCUGAGAGCUCCCACACAACAGGGCAAACUGGGGUAUCUACAACCUCCGCAAGCAGCUCAGUUUCAACACGUGCAACCCAACCAAGGGAAACCUCCCAAACAGAGUUCACGCAGGAAUCUACGACCUCCACGCACAGCUCAGUUUCCCCAGAAACCGCCGUCCCCCCUGACACCUCCGGCUCCACAGCUCCGCCUGAGGUACCUACAACCGCCCCAAGAAGCACAGUCUCCACAGGUUCACCUCAACCCUCUGGUACCUCGCCGGCAACCGCCUCCACUCAGGAAUCUCCCAUCUCUCCAAGCAGCUCAGUUUCCCCAGCAACUGCCCUGCCUGCCGGGACACCCUUCACUUCAGUCCUGAGUGAAGCGUCAACCACCUCCCGAGGCCAGCACACUUCAACAGGUGGAGCUCAGACCUCCGAGCCGUCCAAAACAACAGUCUUCAAUCAGGAAUCUACAACCUUCCCAACAAACUCCAUUUCCACGGUACCAACUCGAUCUCCCGAGACCUCCUACACUACAUCCCUGAGAGAAGAAUCGACCACGUUCCCAAGUGGCCCGCUGUCGACUCAAGCCACGCAAGCAGCUGACACAGCCCGAACAACAGUCUCCAGCCACGGAUCUGCAGCUUCCCAGAGCCACUCCAUUUCAACACAGACUGCUUCUGUCCCCGCUGAGAGCCCCCUCACCAGAGUGCAACCUGAGGCACGUACAGCCUCCACAAGCAGCUCCAUUUCAACGCAUGGCUCUCAAGCCACAGGGUCAUUCCCAGGGACUGUCUUCACUCUGGAACCUACAACCGUCUCUGGCAGCCCGACGUCGCCAGAAAGCACGCUACCAGCUGACACUGCCCACACCACAGUCCCAUCUGAAGCCUCUACAGCCUCCCAAGGCAGCCCAGUUUCGUCAGAAGCAACUCACGCGCCUCAAACCUCCCAGACAAGGGUCUUCCCUCAGCAAUCUACAGUCUUCCCAGCCACAGCCAGCACAACAGCCGCAGAAACAGCUGGGACUCCUGAGGCCUCCUCCACCUCAGCUGUCACUGAGGAGUCUACAGCCUCCCCACGUGGCCCAGUGUCGACACAAACAACUCGGGCACCUGAGACGACGUCACCAAGACUUUUCACUCAGGCAUCUACAGUCUUCUCAGCCGCCUCAAGGUCACCAGAGACCUCUGUAGCUUCUGAGAUCUCCUACGCCUCAGCUGUGAGUGAGGCAUCUCCAAGAUCCUCCAGGACCCCGAUGACAACACGGGCCACCCAGCCCAGCCAAGGCCCCGAAACCGGGUUCUCUCAGAAGUCUACAACCUUGUCGGGCAGCUCCGCGUCCCCAGAAACUGCUGUGCCUCCCGAUGUCACCCACACAGCAGCGCCGACUGAGGCGUCUACCACGUCCCUGAGCAGCGCCAUAUUGACACCAACAGCUCCGGCUCCAGAGAACUCUGAAACAACACUUCACACUCAGGAACCCACCACAUCCCUAAGCCGCCCCGUGUCCACGGGAACAGCUGGACCUCCUGGGACCUCCUCCACCGCAGCUGUGAGGGAGCCAUCUACAACACACACCAGGAGCCCGGUUCCAACACAUGCAACUCAACCAGCUGAGUCCCGGGAGACGCUGUUCACUCAGGAAUCAACAACCUCCCCAACCGGCUCCAUUUCCACAGGGACGGUGGUCCCUCCUGAGACCCCGCAUACUUCACGGUUAAGGGAGGCAUCGACCACACCCCCACGGACCCCAGCAUCAGCCCCUGCCACUCAGUCAGCUCAAACAUGGAAAGCAGGGUCCACCCAGGAACCAACAACUUCCCCAAGAAACUCAGCUUCCACAGAAACUUCGCUACCUCCUGAGAGCUCCCACACAACAGGGCAAACUGGGGUAUCUACAACCUCCGCAAGCAGCUCAGUUUCAACACGUGCAACCCAACCAAGGGAAACCUCCCAAACAGAGUUCACGCAGGAAUCUACGACCUCCACGCACAGCUCAGUUUCCCCAGAAACCGCCGUCCCCCCUGACACCUCCGGCUCCACAGCUCCGCCUGAGGUACCUACAACCGCCCCAAGAAGCACAGUCUCCACAGGUUCACCUCAACCCUCUGGUACCUCGCCGGCAACCGCCUCCACUCAGGAAUCUCCCAUCUCUCCAAGCAGCUCAGUUUCCCCAGCAACUGCCCUGCCUGCCGGGACACCCUUCACUUCAGUCCUGAGUGAAGCGUCAACCACCUCCCGAGGCCAGCACACUUCAACAGGUGGAGCUCAGACCUCCGAGCCGUCCAAAACAACAGUCUUCAAUCAGGAAUCUACAACCUUCCCAACAAACUCCAUUUCCACGGUACCAACUCGAUCUCCCGAGACCUCCUACACUACAUCCCUGAGAGAAGAAUCGACCACGUUCCCAAGUGGCCCGCUGUCGACUCAAGGCACGCAAGCAGCUGACACAGCCCGAACAACAGUCUCCAGCCACGGAUCUGCAGCUUCCCAGAGCCACUCCAUUUCAACACAGACUGCUUCUGUCCCCGCUGAGAGCCCCCUCACCAGAGUGCAACCUGAGGCACGUACAGCCUCCACAAGCAGCUCCAUUUCAACGCAUGGCUCUCAAGCCACAGGGUCAUUCCCAGGGACUGUCUUCACUCUGGAACCUACAACCGUCUCUGGCAGCCCGACGUCGCCAGAAAGCACGCUACCAGCUGACACUGCCCACACCACAGUCCCAUCUGAAGCCUCUACAGCCUCCCAAGGCAGCCCAGUUUCGUCAGAAGCAACUCACGCGCCUCAAACCUCCCAGACAAGGGUCUUCCCUCAGCAAUCUACAGUCUUCCCAGCCACAGCCAGCACAACAGCCGCAGAAACAGCUGGGACUCCUGAGGCCUCCUCCACCUCAGCUGUCACUGAGGAGUCUACAGCCUCCCCACGUGGCCCAGUGUCGACACAAACAACUCGGGCACCUGAGACGACGUCACCAAGACUUUUCACUCAGGCAUCUACAGUCUUCUCAGCCGCCUCAAGGUCACCAGAGACCUCUGUAGCUUCUGAGAUCUCCUACGCCUCAGCUGUGAGUGAGGCAUCUCCAAGAUCCUCCAGGACCCCGAUGACAACACGGGCCACCCAGCCCAGCCAAGGCCCCGAAACCGGGUUCUCUCAGAAGUCUACAACCUUGUCGGGCAGCUCCGCGUCCCCAGAAACUGCUGUGCCUCCCGAUGUCACCCACACAGCAGCGCCGACUGAGGCGUCUACCACGUCCCUGAGCAGCGCCAUAUUGACACCAACAGCUCCGGCUCCAGAGAACUCUGAAACAACACUUCACACUCAGGAACCCACCACAUCCCUAAGCCGCCCAGUGUCCACGGGAACAGCUGGACCUCCUGGGACCUCCUCCACCGCAGCUGUGAGGGAGCCAUCUACAACACACACCAGGAGCCCGGUUCCAACACAUGCAACUCAACCAGCUGAGUCCCGGGAGACGCUGUUCACUCAGGAAUCAACAACCUCCCCAACCGGCUCCAUUUCCACAGGGACGGUGGUCCCUCCUGAGACCCCGCAUACUUCACGGUUAAGGGAGGCAUCGACCACACCCCCACGGACCCCAGCAUCAGCCCCUGCCACUCAGUCAGCUCAAACAUGGAAAGCAGGGUCCACCCAGGAACCAACAACUUCCCCAAGAAACUCAGCUUCCACAGAAACUUCGCUACCUCCUGAGAGCUCCCACACAACAGGGCAAACUGGGGUAUCUACAACCUCCGCAAGCAGCUCAGUUUCAACACGUGCAACCCAACCAAGGGAAACCUCCCAAACAGAGUUCACGCAGGAAUCUACGACCUCCACGCACAGCUCAGUUUCCCCAGAAACCGCCGUCCCCCCUGACACCUCCGGCUCCACAGCUCCGCCUGAGGUACCUACAACCGCCCCAAGAAGCACAGUCUCCACAGGUUCACCUCAACCCUCUGGUACCUCGCCGGCAACCGCCUCCACUCAGGAAUCUCCCAUCUCUCCAAGCAGCUCAGUUUCCCCAGCAACUGCCCUGCCUGCCGGGACACCCUUCACUUCAGUCCUGAGUGAAGCGUCAACCACCUCCCGAGGCCAGCACACUUCAACAGGUGGAGCUCAGACCACCGAGCCGUCCAAAACAACAGUCUUCAAUCAGGAAUCUACAACCUUCCCAACAAACUCCAUUUCCACGGUACCAACUCGAUCUCCCGAGACCUCCUACACUACAUCCCUGAGAGAAGAAUCGACCACGUUCCCAAGUGGCCCGCUGUCGACUCAAGGCACGCAAGCAGCUGACACAGCCCGAACAACAGUCUCCAGCCACGGAUCUGCAGCUUCCCAGAGCCACUCCAUUUCAACACAGACUGCUUCUGUCCCCGCUGAGAGCCCCCUCACCAGAGUGCAACCUGAGGCACGUACAGCCUCCACAAGCAGCUCCAUUUCAACGCAUGGCUCUCAAGCCACAGGGUCAUUCCCAGGGACUGUCUUCACUCUGGAACCUACAACCGUCUCUGGCAGCCCGACGUCGACAGAAAGCACGCUACCAGCUGACACUGCCCACACCACAGUCCCAUCUGAAGCCUCUACAGCCUCCCAAGGCAGCCCAGUUUCCGUGAACGUGGGAAGGGGAAAUGGAAGUAGGAAGGCUGUCAAGCUGAACCAUCCUGAAUCAGGUAUCACCGGAAUGAUCUCCCGACUACCUGGCCUGUGGCAUCCAACGUGCCAGACCCUCGCUCUCAACCUCGUCCUGCUGCGGAUCACAAUGUCCCCUGGCACCCAUCAUCCUGCCAGCCACUUUGGGGGGCUGGGUGAUCCUUCUCUCCACAGAGGGGCUCCAGUGGCUCCCACAGGCCCUUAA